GACGGUCGGCUGCAAGUGUCCCACCGCAAAGGCCUUCCCCACGUGAUCUACUGCCGCCUGUGGCGCUGGCCAGACCUUCAUAGCCACCAUGAGCUGCGUGCCAUGGAGAUGUGCGAGUACGCCUUCAACAUGAAGAAGGAUGAAGUCUGCGUGAAUCCUUACCAUUACCAAAGAGUGGAAACCCCAGUGUUACCUCCAGUGCUGGUGCCUCGGCACACCGAGAUCCCGGCCGAGUUCCCACCGUUGGACGAUUACAGCCACUCUAUUCCCGAAAACACUAACUUCCCAGCAGGUAUCGAGCCCCAGAGCAACUACAUUCCAGGUACCGUAUACGAAAGGGUCGCGUUGCACAAGACCCCUCCUCCAGGCUAUUUGAGUGAGGAUGGAGAAACCAGUGACCACCAGAUGAACCCCAGCAUGGAUGCAGGUUCUCCAAACUUAUCACCAAACCCGAUGUCUCCAGCGCACAAUAAUCUGGAUCUGCAGCCCGUCACCUACUGCGAGCCAGCGUUCUGGUGCUCCAUAUCCUACUACGAGCUCAACCAGCGAGUGGGGGAGACUUUCCACGCCUCGCAGCCCUCCAUGACCGUGGACGGCUUCACCGACCCCUCGAAUUCGGAGCGCUUCUGCCUCGGGUUGCUGUCCAACGUCAACAGAAACGCGGCGGUGGAGCUCACGAGGCGCCACAUCGGACGAGGAGUGCGGCUGUACUACAUCGGUGGUGAGGUGUUUGCCGAGUGCCUCAGCGACAGUGCCAUCUUUGUCCAGUCUCCCAACUGCAACCAGCGCUACGGCUGGCACCCCGCCACCGUCUGCAAGAUCCCGCCAGGCUGUAACCUGAAGAUCUUUAACAACCAGGAGUUCGCCGCUCUCCUGGCUCAGUCGGUGAACCAGGGCUUCGAGGCCGUCUACCAGCUCACCAGAAUGUGCACCAUUCGCAUGAGCUUCGUCAAGGGAUGGGGAGCAGAAUACAGGCGGCAGACUGUGACUAGCACUCCCUGCUGGAUUGAACUGCACCUCAAUGGUCCCUUGCAGUGGCUGGACAAGGUCCUCACACAAAUGGGCUCCCCCAGCAUCCGUUGCUCCAGCGUCUCCUAA